AUGGGCAAAUACAGUGCAGACAAACGGGACAUCUAUUACCGGAUGGCAAAAGUCGACGGAUAUAGAGCCCGGUCUGCCUAUAAACUGAUCCAAAUCCACGAGAAGUUCAAUAUCUUCGCGGGAGUGAAGAGAUGUGUAGACCUGUGCGGAGCGCCCGGCAGUUGGUCUCAAGUAUUGCAUCGCUAUCUCCACAAAGACCUCAAUCCCGACAAUUGGGAUGAGAUUCGCAUCGUUUCGGUGGACAUACAGGCGAUGGCGCCGAUGGCAGGAGUGGUGACAAUCCAGGGCGACAUCACUCGCAUGUCGACAGCCCAUGAGAUAAUCGGACACUUCUGUGGCUCAGCAGCAGAUCUGGUGGUCUGUGACGGAGCGCCGGAUGUGACGGGUCUUCACGACAUCGACACUUACAUCCAAUCGGAACUCCUGUUGAGUGCAAUCAAUAUCACGACUCAUGUCCUGAAAACGGGCGGAACUUUUGUGGCGAAGAUAUUCCGCGGCAAAGACGUGAGUCUUCUGUGGACUCAACUGAAGAUAUUCUUCGCGGAAGUGAUUAUAACUAAACCCAAGAGUAGUCGCAACUCAAGUAUAGAGGCGUUCGCUGUUUGUCGUCAUUACUGUCCGCCAGAAGACUACAAACCAUUUCUCUUCAACUCUUUCGUCGACCAAAAGUGUGACCAAUAUUUCCAAGACAUGAACAACGGAUCCAAUGAACACAUCAUUCCCUUCAUGUCUUGUGGAGAUUUGUCUUCAUUUGAUUCCGACCGCUCGUAUCCAUUGAAUAUCGAGACCCAUGAGUCGGUGCUGAGGGUGGUGUUGGGGGUGGUGUUGGUGUCGAUAGUUAUGGCCUCAGGUUGCGUUAGUGGUUAUCUAGGCGGGAUAUUUCACCGUGUUUCAGAGUUCUUCAGAGUUUGA